UUUACUUUUACACAAUUCCUCCCAAUUGACAUUUUUUUCUGGAACAGAUAAAGGCCGGUCCUAGCUGGAUAUCACUCACUCACUUACUAACCCACUCACUCACAACCAACACCAACACCAUCACCCAUAAAGGGAGGAACAAACCGCCAAUAUGCCAGUCAAACCCAUCACCACCCCCCUCGGCCACUCCCUCCCUCCUCAUACUCCGCACGCCCUCACUGUCCACCUCCCCGGGUGGGACACCUUCAUCCGGCUCCGCGAUGGCGACCAGGAAAUAGGCAAGCAGCUUAGGAGCAUGUAUCCGCGGUUUUCACCCCUUUCGUGUGUGAAGGAGCUCGGCAUCAAACUCCUCACCCACCUCUCUUUUGCGUAUCCAGAAUCAGACUCAGGCAUCUCCCCCACCACCCACGGCUGUCUCCCAUUCACUUCCCCCGACGCUUUUGCACUCGCCGCAGCGCACUGUAUUUCUCAUCAUCGACCUGCUGAACAUCGGUAUAGCGAAAGUGAACUUUCGAAAGUGGAGUUUCGGGUUGUUGAAUUUCGGGGGGUCCGUCUCGUUCCUGACUCUGAUUCUGACUCUGACUCUGACGCCGAUGCGACUGCUCCUGCACUUACUCCUGCGACGGAAAAGGAAAAAGUCAGGCUGUACCUGGUCAUCUACCCGCUCCCCAAAGCAAAAGGGAUCAUGGGCAUCUGGACCAAUCCCGGUAUAGGCAUUUCUACUCGUCUCGCUGAAAUUCUGCUUCCGCUCGUGCCGUCCUCCGAUGGUUCUUUGCCCGAGGCCGAAGCCGAGACGAAGCAGGAGACGAAGCAGGAGCAGGAGCAGGAGCAGAAGCAGAAGCAGGUCAAGGUGUUGGACUGGAAAGCCAAGGGGUCAGAUUUCAUCAUUUCCGGUGGUACUCCCAUCAAGGAAGACAUACCCGAACCAACGUACCUCCCCGAAAGCGACGCGCACGAAAAACUACGGGAACGAAUCGUCGCGCUCUGUCAGCGUAUUCCCCGCGACAUCGAACUUGCCUCCCGGUUAACGACUAAAGACGUGUUCUUGUACACUACAGGUAUGGCGGCUGUGUUUCGUCUGCAGGAGGCCUUCUUCAAAUCUGGUAGGAGAGGACCGGUGGUGGCGCUGGGAGCGGUGUUUCAUUCUACGUUUCACUUGUUUGAGGAACUGGAGGGGACUACUACCACCAAUGGUGAAGAACAGGUGGAAGGGUUCAAGCACUUUGGGGAGUGUGAGGAUUCGGAAAAGGUGAUGGAUCAAUUGGAGGAAUAUGCAAAGGGAUUGAAGGAAAAGGGGAGGACGGUAGGAUACUUGUUUGUGGAGUUUCCUAGUAAUCCGCUUUUGGUGAGCGUGGAUUUGGGGAGGUUGAGGAAGAUCGCUGAUGAGUACGACUUCCCGGUUGUUGUGGACGACACGGUCGGGUCGUUUUGCAAUCUCGAUGUGUUGCCGGUGGCGGACGUGGUGGUUUCGUCUUUGACGAAGACGUUUAGUGGGUUUGCCGAUGUCAUGGCCGGCUCAGUCCUCCUCUCCCCCUCCUCGCGCUACUUCCCCCUCCUCUCCUCCACCCUCACCACCACGCACCACAACGCCCUCUCCCCAUCCGACGCCGCCCACCUCCUAUCCAACUCCUCCUCCUACCUCGCCCGCUCCAACACGCACAACCUCAACGCCCAAAAGCUCGCCUCUUUCCUGCACACUUAUUCCACCACCCACCAAUCCCCCCGCGUCAUCUCCCGCGUUCUCUACCCCUCUAUUCCCUCCACCACAUCCUCCACCCCGGGCACCGCUUACUACGAGCAAUACAUGCGCUCCAGUACUGCCCCCGCGCCCACUGGCCCGCCCUACGACGAGAUGGAGGGCAACGACUCCUUCACGCCCGGCUUCGGCUGUCUGCUGUCCAUCAAUUUCUCCUCAAAGAAAGUGGCAAAGGCGUUUUACGACCAUUUGCAUGUCCACCAAGGUCCCCAUCUCGGCGCACAUCUGUCAAUUACCUUGCCUUUCAACGACUUGCUGUGGGGUGCAGAGGAGAGAGAGAGAAAGUAUCAUGCGGGGUAUGGAGCGGUGCCGGAGCAGGUCAGGGUGAGUGUUGGGUUGGAGGAGUGGGAGGACUUGAAAGAGGUGUUUGAGGAGGCUUUGAAGUAUGCUGAGGAGGAAGCUGUGAAGGAGGCUGCCUGCUGAGGAGGAAGGAUUGAUGGGCUUGUAGUGUGUGUGUUUAGGUAGUGAUUCCCCCUCGUUGUAUUGACUACUAGGUAUGAUGAAGAUGUAC